AUGAGAAUAGCAAUUUUAUUGGUAUUGAUUGCAAUAUCAGCUGCAACAGAAACUCAUCUCACUGCUAUAAAGCAAUUAAGAGAAAAAACAAGAAUCACUCCAUUUAGCGAUUAUUUUUACGGCAUGCUUGAAUUGCAUUAAUCAAGUAAAUUAGGUGAAGUAGUCACCAUUGUUCAAUCAAUGUUAGACAAACUCAUCGCUGCCUCUGGGGCUAAUGAAGCUGAACAUUCCGCUCAACAAGCCAAUUUCGAAUAACAAAUUUCCAAAUUCGAAAAUACCCUAGAAACAACCGAAAGCGAACUGAGUUCAGUUAAUCAACAAAUAAAUGAUUUGACUUCAGAUCUAUCCUCACUUACUCAAUCGUUGAGUUUCCAAGGCCAAUAACUCUUAUUGUUAUCCAAUCAAAUUACACAAUUGAGUGAUAACCAUUCAGAAGAAGUCAGAGCAGCAGAAGAGAAAUUCAACAAUAACUCCAGAUAUUUGGCAGCAGUCUAGGAAGUCUUAAGAUUUUUAGGUGAUGCUCUUUUGGGAAACACUAGCUUAAUCGAGAGAGAAAGAGCUAUCGAAGCAGCCAAACAAGCCUUGGGAGACAAACAUCCCAUUGCUAUUAUGAUUCAAAUGACAUCCCAAUACGAUGACAACACCAUCAGAAGAGUUAUCAGCAAAUUAGAAGGAAUCGCAACAAAUGUCCAAGAAAGAUUGGAUGCUAUCAAUACAUCCUCCACCAAUUCAGAGCAACAAUACCUAACCUUACGAAGUCAAUUUGAAACCACCUACAGCAAUUUGGAUAAGGACAAACAAUUCAAUCAAAGACAAGCAACUGCUAAGGACAACGAUCUAGCAUCAAACAAGAGAAGAUAGGAAGAAUUACAGGAACUCAUCACCACCACCAAGGAGUUGCUUGAUUAAACCAGAGUUGCUUCAGACAAUGAAAAUACAAGCUAUACAAGCAAAAGAUCACACAUUUCAGAAGAAAUUAGCAUCGUAUAGAGUGCUUUGGAUUUAUUAUCACAAUUACCAGCUUAAUGAUAUGAAUGAGAAUAAUCAAAUAAAAUAAAAUUUUAUUAUAUUUUAUUA